AUGUCGGCGCUUUCUUUCCUCUACUCUCAGCUCUUCAUCGAGCCGCCAGUGCCUACACAUGACUUCCAAGGCCAGACUGUCAUCAUCACUGGAUCCAACAGGGGAAUUGGGUUUGAAGCCGCUCGUCAUUUACUUAGAUUAAAUGCGAGUAAAGUCAUAUUGGCUGUGCGGUCGGUCGAGAAAGGCCAGGUAGCCGCAGAUGACCUCGAAAAGUCUACGGGGCGAUCCGGAGUGGUCCAAGUCGAGGAACUGGACAUGACCAAUCAUGCCUCAGUCCAGCAGUUUGUAACCAAAAUAGCUACAAUUGAUCGAAUCGACGCCGUGCUGUUAAACGCAGGUAUCUAUACUCAUGACUUUAAUUUGGCUGAGGGUUAUGAAAGCACGUUGACCGUCAACGUGAUUAAUACAUUCUUGUUGGCUAUACUUCUUGUUCCAGCGCUGAAAAAGUCAGCCAAAACAUGGGGUAUUCGGCCGCGUCUCAGUUUUGUGGCAUCCGACAGGCACGUUAUGUAUGCCCUUCCAGAGUGGAAAUUGCAGAACACCUUCGAAGUGCUGAGUGAUCCGCAGAAAGCCAGGAUGCCAGAACGGUAUCCCAUCUCUAAAUUGAUACAGAUCCUACUUACCAAGGUGAUGGCGAAGAAACUCGAGUCUGCUAGGGAUGUAAUCGUCAACACGUUCACUCCAGGCCUCUGCGUUUCUGGUAUUAUCGAUAACGUGCACGGUGUCACAGGGUUUGCACUCUGGUUUCUGAGCAAGGUCGCCGCUCGGACAACCGAAGUUGGAGGUCGGACAUUGAUCGCGGCUAUUGCGCAAGGGGAGGAUAGUCACGGGAAGUACCUCAAUGACGGCAAAAUUGACGAAGCAUCAUUGUCUGCGUUUGUAAGGAGCCAAGAGAGCAUGUUGGCGAGGGACAAGUUGUGGGAGGAAUUGAUGGGAAUUCUAGAGAAAAAGCAACCUGGAAUUGCUUUGCUUCUUGAGCCUAUCCCAUGA